AUGGAGGAUAUGAUGCCAAUAAUUGAUGAACGAUCGGAGACGUUGGAGAAGAAUUUGGAUGAUGCCUGGGAGGAGCUCAAACGUUCUUCUGAGAAGGUGGCCUUUCCUCUUAUCGAUCGACUUGAGGCGGAGCUGGCUCGUGUGGCACGAGAGAUUAAGGCCAAGCCCGGCCCUUCGGAGAUUUAUGCACUGAGUGAGUUGCGAGCAAAGGCCAUGGGGGGCGCAGGGCAGCCGGAGCAUGGUGAGGAGGGUGGAAGUCAGGGAGAGAAUACAGCGGAUGAGGGAGAUGUGAUGGAAGACGAGGCUGGUGAGAAUCCUGAUGACGAAGAUGAGGAGGCGGAAGACUGA